UCUUUUGAUCCUGUGCGAUUGCAUUACAAUACUGAUUGAUGUACCGCCUUGUUGGGGUUUGUUUUUGAGCUGUGUUGUGAAUGGCUAGGUUAGGUGAAAGGAACAUAAAAGUUUUCAAGUAUUUGAAUUCAUCUAAACGCUUUGUAGCGUCAGUUUAGUGCAGUAUUUUAAAUUUAGCUCAUAUACUGUUGAAAUGAUUGCUGAAGUGGACGUUUUUAUAAGUAAUUAUACUCUUGUAGAUCCAGAAGUUUACCAGUUAUGGGUGGAUGGAUGUUCAUCACUGGAGGCUGUAACCGCUCUGCAGCAACAGAGUGUGAGAGAGAAGUCGACUACGGCAGUAGAGUUGAUAGCGUCAGACGUGCUGGAUCACUACAGAACCUACAGCUUGUUGGAGAGACUGCUUCACAACCCUCCAAAACUCGCAGAGCAGCUCGCUUUCCAGAUUGAACCUCAGACCAGACAGCUUUUAAUUGAGAAGUACUAUGAAUUUGACAACACAGUUAUACGAGAGUUGUUGGGGAAAAAGCUAACAUCGAGACAUAGAAAGGAUCUUGAUGAAGUCAGCGAAAAAACUGGUGUUUCGCUUAAAUCUUGCAGGAGACAGUUUGACAAUGUGAAGAGAGUAUUUAAGACUGUGGAAGAGUUGCAGGGCUCUGUUGUCACCAACAUUAAAAACCUCUUUCUCUUACCUGAUGAACUUGCAAGGCGAUACGGUGCAGUCGUGUUCAUUGCUUGCAUGCGCUUUGAAACUGGUAAGCGGAAAUUACAGUAUCUGUCAUUCCCUGAUUUCUACUACUGCGCACUGGCCAUAAUGACACACUGGACAUACGCAGAGAGCAGCCCCGACUUCGAUGACACGGAUCUGGACCGUGAGUUCCUGCUGGACCUCAGAGAACUCAGAGUUCUCCUUGAUAAGGAAAAGGAGCACAAACAUUUGGUGUGCAUCCGGCUGAAACCUCAGCUGCUGGAGCGUUCGUAUCAGGAACUUGAAGGAAACUUCCGAUCUUACUCCCGAGCUCUCAUUGGCCUUGCGUGCAACCUUCACAGAUCUCGGGAACUGAGGGGUUUGUUCAUAGACUUACUGGAGAGAUGUGUUGAGCCUUGGCGUCAGGUUUCAUGGUCGCAGACAGAUCUGCGGAACUUCCUCACUGCUUACUACCAGUGUGCUCUGGAAAUGGACAUUUUAAGGGAAGCAGAAGUAAAGUUGGCAUGGGAACGAUUCAUGAAUGUUGUGACAAAAUGUCUUCUGAGGAUGUAUCACUCCUAGCUAUCAUCUGCCUCUGCAACGUCAGGUUUUGUGCCGACAAGGAGACUUUCAUUGAGAAAUAAUGGGAAAAAACAAUUGGAAUUUCAAAUCAGAAAUGAACAAACUUAAGUGAAUUGUUGGACAUUACGAAUUUGUUCAUUGCUUGUGUAUAAGCUCUGGAUCUCUAUUUAAAAUCAUGUUCAGAAUUAGAACAUAUCUAAAUUUCAGGCUAAAAUUAAGAUAUUUUGCUUCACAAAUGAUGAUCACCUGAAACCGCAACCCAAAUCUUGUAUUGCCCUGAUAUAUACAGAAUCUCAGAUGUCUUUGAAUCUUACUUAAUUUUAACACUUUCACUGCCGUCUCAUAAUUGUGACAACUUUCUUGCACUGCCGUCCGUUUUAAUGAUUUUUAAAUAAAUAUGUUUUAAUCAAUUAUAAGAAGACCACUGGACUUUAAAGCUGAGUUCUUCCUCUUUCCACAAAAAUGCUCAUGCAUAAAUAUUAUCAAACAGAAAGUCUUAUUUUUUAACUUAAAAAUAUAAUGUUUUUUGUAAAAAAAAAUAAAAAGUUGAGCAAAAAACAUCACCAUGUAGGCUACCUAUUCUAUGACAUAAAUAUAUUUCUCAUUGUUUUCUGCGUUCAGCAAUGUCAUUACUGUCACUAUAACUACACAUAUGUACAAUUAAAAUCCACUUAUGUUUCAAACAUUAAAAAAAAAGUUUUUUAGUGUGGAGGCCUAACCAUCAUCAAAAUCUUCAUCAGAAACUGAAAAUAAACAAUAAAUUGUAAAAUUCUGUAAUAAGCCAAUUAUUUAUAAAACAAGAAUACAAGUUUUUAUUACUAUUUUGGUUACAUUUGUUAUUUGAGUGAAAAAAAACAAUGUCCACAAGUCUAUCGGUAGUAAAAUCAGGAUCAUUAUCCGUGUCAUCUUGGAAUAAAUCGUCACUUUCUAGCACUUAAUUGUCUUCAAUAAUCACAAUAGUCACGAUCCAUUGUAUUUACUCACAAAACAAUCGUUGUAAACUAAAGUGAUAGCAAGCAAAACAAUAACAAUGCAAACGGCGAAUUAGCAGAACGACAGCAAACGGCCGACGGGACGUGACGAGUUCGUAAACAAACCACUUUUUUCCGAUAUUCCAGAUGACUGCCAACAACAUUUCAUAGAUCACAAUCAAUAGAGUAAGAAAUAAAAACAUAUGGAAAUAGCGAAUGAUUAUCAGUACCGAAGCCAAAAUACGUUUAAAUCACUGUAAAAGUCGGCGUCGUCAAAAGACGUUGGCAGUGAAAGUGUUAAGAGUUUUGACCCUAUUGAUGAUUUUCUUGAGUACUUAAGACUGAUUGCAAAAAUUCCUUGUAGAAUUAAUUCGCACAGUAUUAACAGCAAAUUAUAGUUUGUGUCAAAUUCUAUCGCAGUACAUAUUUUAAAAUCUGUAUACUACUUUAAUUUCCUACUUUUAUCAACUCGUGUUUGACACAGACACAGGUUUCAGGUGAGUUUCUCUCAAUCCUCUGCAGUAUGUACAGAUAUAAUGAGGGAUAUAAUUUUUGAUAAAAAAUCUGGAGUUUCCUCCUAUUUCUCUUUAGUAGUAACCCUCAGUAUGGUGAACCGAGCCUUGUGUAUAUUGUCAAGUCUGGUGUUGUAACCAAAAGCAAUCUAUAGACUUUAUCAUUUUUAUUCUAUGUAUAUAUUGAAAUACUCACAAUUAGUUGUUAAUGAUAAGACUUCCAAAUAUGGUAAUGUAAAUGACGGGUUAGGAAAAUAACUAUAUAAAAUACUCUAUUGCAAUAUCGCUUGUUACAUAUACAAUGAAUCGUAGUAAUAGUAUUGAAGACUAAUAAUGCAUGCUGUUAUUAUUUAUUUAUGUUUAACUUUCCUAUUACUAAUUUUAAUGCAUGGUGUAUGAUAUCAGUUUAUGUUUAUUUUUGUUACACAUGUUUUAAAUGUUAAUAAUCAAUACUGUAUUUAUCGUAUUUAAGAAUGAUUUUGAUGGAUGUAAUAAUUUUUAGUGUUAAAGAUUAAUUGUAUUUUAGUUGUAAUUUUAAGUAAUUAGUUAUUAAGAUCAUCGAUUUAAUUGAAUUGCAGCUCAUUAAUUUUGUUAAAAGUAUCAAGUUAAAAUAUCAUUACAUGUUUGAAAGAAA